GUGUGUAAAAACAGGACAUUCAUACUGAGGCCAGAGUGCCAUCGAAGGUAAUUAUAGAGACAGCAAAAUCCUUCAAUGCUGGGAAAAAUAAAAUGCUGGGUGUCUCAUAAAAUUUCAGAACCUGAUUUCAAAUGAAUUAUAACAAAGAGGAGAUAAAAUUUAGCAUGGUGGACUGUUCGACAAGCUAUAUUUGUCAAUGGAAUGUUUCCACAUAUUAUACCACCAACAUGAGAAAAAAAGUAUCACUGUUUCUUUGAAGCUUGGAAAAUGAGCAGGCAUAUUUGCUGGCUCUGUAAGAUGCGCAGAGACGAAUCUAAGAGGCCCCCUUCAAAGCUUACUUUGGACGAAGUGUUACAGUGGGCCCAGUCUUUUGAAACUUUAAUGGCUACAAAAUAUGGUCCAACCGUCUAUGCAGCAUAUUUAAAAAUGGAGCACAGUGAUGAGAAUAUUAAAUUCUGGAUGGCAUGUGAAACCUAUAAGAAAAUUGCCUCACGGUGGAGCAGAGUUUCUAUGGCAAAGAAGCUUUAUAGGAUUUACAUCCAGCCACAGUCUCCUAGAGAGAUUAACAUUGACAGUUCGACAAGAGAGACGAUCAUCAGGAACAUUCAGGAACCCACUGAAACAUGUUUUGAAGAAGCUCAAAAAAUAGUCUAUAUGCAUAUGGAAAGGGAUUCCUAUCCCAGAUUUCUAAAGUCAGAAAUGUAUCAAAAACUUUUGAAAACGAUGCAGUCCAACAACAACAGUUCCUGACUGUAUCUCAAAAGUUUAAACAGAAAACAGUAUAUUGAAAGUGGUGGGUUUGAGCUUUUAAUUUAGAAAAACACAAAACCAGGAACAUAGUACAAAUAGAACAGAAAUCAAACUAUAAGUUGACUUUUAGUUCCUAAAAAGAAACAGAUGCCAAAAGCAAUGGAAUCUAGAAUUUGUAUAACAUGAAUAACAAAAUUUACAGCAUACCUAUGUAGUGCAAUUAAUAUAUAAUGAAAAGGAGAGUCCUUCUUCAUUACAUAAACAUUAUGAAGUUUUUACGGUAGUAGUAAAUUAAUGGAUAUUUCCUUUAUUAAUAAAAUUCACUGUCAUAUGAAUUAGUUCUUUAAAAAUUGUCAAAUGAAAUGUGUUUCUAGCAUGAAGAUGUUCUAUAGAGUACUCUUAAUAACUUCAAUUUAUAGACAAAUGCCAUUCACGAUACAAUCAAUUGUAUCAUGAGAAAUAUCAAAAAGAUAUGUUCUUGAGAGACAUUUUAUCUAUAAAAUUUUUCUACUAUUAUGUUCAUAACCAAACUUCUUUAUCACAUAUAUCUUCUACAUGUAUAACAUUUCUGAUGAUUCUAAGCUCUUAAAAAAUAUAUGAAUUUCUUCAUUUGCGCUUGCAUUUACAUUGCUAUGAGGAUAUAAAAUGUGGUUUCUAUAUUUUGAAAUUUUUUUCCUUACAAUGUGAACUCAUUGUUGUAUUGGAAAUCAAUAAAGCCAAAUAUCAACU